AUGCUAAAGAAUCCCAAUAUGUUUGCUAAAAUUUCAUCAUCCCGUUUCUUUAUCCCAACUGUUGCUGCCACUGCCGCUGCAAUUGGCUCGACCUACUUUCUAUCCACCAGGAACUUUGCCUCGAACGAGUCCCCAAAGGCUUUCGUUGGAGAUGAUAAAUGGAUUGACCUUCAAUUGAUCAAAGCUGAGGAUCUCACUCACGACACAAAGAAAGUGUAUUUCAAGCUUCCAGAAAAGGACCAAGUUAGUGGCUUGGAGGUCGCUUCCCUGUUGUUGGCCAAGUUUGUAACCCCAAAGGGCUCUAACGUUAUUAGACCAUACACCCCUGUCUCUGACGUCAAUGAGAAGGGAGUUGUUGAGUUUGUCAUCAAGAGAUAUGAAACUGGUAAAAUGGGUAAUCACAUUUUCAACCUGAAACCCAACGACACUCUUGCCUUCAAGGGUCCUCUACAAAAGUGGAAAUGGCAACCAAAUCAGUUCAAGGAAAUAGCCUUGAUUGGUGGUGGUUCCGGUAUUACCCCUCUGUAUCAAUUGAUUCAUCAUAUUACCAACAACCCUGAGGACAAGACCAAGGUCAAGUUGUUCUAUGGUAACAAGACUCCAAAUGAUAUCCUUUUGAGAAAGGAGUUGGAGGAGACUGCCGCCAAGAACCCCGAGCAAUUUGAACUACAUCUUUUCUUGGACAAGGAUGCUGAGCAGGUUCCAAGCGCCUCUUCCGGUUUCAUUUCCAAGGACGUUUUGAAGAAGUACUUGCCAGGUCCAAGUAAUGACAGUCACGUCUUUGUGUGUGGUCCACCUCCUUUGUAUAAGGCCAUCUCUGGUGAGAAAGUUUCUCCUCAGGACCAGGGUGAGGUUACCGGUGCUCUUGCCGAUUUAGGAUAUGACAAGACUCAUGUGUUCAAGUUUUAG